AUGCGUCGCAAUGCCAGAGACAAAGACUCCGCGACCGGGUUGAGCCAGAGUCCACCGGCCGCUUCUGAGGUGCCCAUCGAAUUCACUUUCGUGAACCACACCGAAGACGUGAGCUCCAUUGCAAGCAGAAAAUCUAGCAGCAAGCUACAUCGCCAUGUCAUUCGAUCCCAUGCCAUGCAAAGGGUGCGUCGUUUGGAGUCGGCGCAGGGCAAGAAGAGGACCAGAUCCAUAUCAAACAAAUCUCGAGCAAGUUCGAGCUCGACCGAGUCGAGUGUCUCUAUCAAAGACGAGCCCGUUAUUCAAGAACCCGAGUUGCAAACCAUUCUUCAAGCCAGACCCCAAAUCGUGGUGUUCUCGGCGACCUCUCCUACUACCCCACGUACACCACUCACGAUCUCUCCGGCAAACCACGAAUAUGACCCUUUCUGCACCCUGCCCAGUAACAACCUGCCGCAUAAGACGUCAGAAGGGCUUCUGAACUACUGUUUCGACGUGCUACUGCCGACCACAUUUUCGGUCGAGUUCAAACAGCCCAAAGCACGACUCGCUCGUCAGGGAAUGGUGCUGCAGAGCAAAAUGAACAACCCUGCCACGUACCUUGGAUUUAUGGCCACGGUUGCGGCACACCGAGCCGUUCUGUACGGCCGGCAUCAGGAUCUCAAGCCGUCCGAUCGCGACCACGACGAAUUGAUCAGCGACCCUGACUACAAAAUGGUCAAACACGAAGCCAUCGUCGCCGUCAGGACCAUGAUCCAAAACAGCGAGGGGCCGAGCCAAUACAUAAUCGACUCCUGCUUCGGACUAGUCUCGAUAGCUACUGUCGUCGGCAACUUCAAAGAGGCACGUAUACACCUCCAGGGCAUCGCGCAAGUCAUAGCGCGGGCCGGUUGUUCCGACGAGUCCAUGAUAUGGCUCCCAGUCGCCAAUGUCAAGGUGUCUGUCGGCCUGCUAGAGAAGCCGGUCCUACCUCUGCCCUGGAAGCGAGCGGCCAUCCCCGAGAAGGUCCUCGACCGGCUCACGCCGCCGGCAGAGAGCCCGUUUUCACACAUGGGGUCCGAGUUCAGACACCUGGAUUCGCUCAGCCCAACUCUCCACGCCUUACUUAGAACGAGUCGCGACAUUUGCAAUUUUGUCGAGUACAGCUCUAGGAACCCAAAGGGGCUCAACCUCUCGGAAAACACCAUGCUGAGCCACAAAGCCACCGAGGUGGAAUACGACCUCGUUUCGUAUCCCUACGACAAUCCCGAUUUCUUCGUGCAUGGCGACAAUGCCGAGCCGUUCGUGCCGCCGCUGGAACGCGUCAUUCGCAUGGCUGCUCUCGGCUUCAGGUCCUUCGCGCCGCACGCCAUCAUGCCUUCGACGGGGCUCGGCCGCGCCACGACGUGCCAUCAAAAGGACGCCGUUGAAAGUUGGCUACGAGCCGACAAGGCCAGGGCCAAGAGCAGCGCGGCUUCCGCAGAGCGCAGGGCCGUGACGUGGGCGUUGUUUGUCUUCGCCCAGUGCGCCCUGGGGCAGGUGGAAGAAGACUUUUUCGUCAGCCUGAUCGUCCAGAUGACCGACGACCUGCGCUUCUUGUCCUGGCUGGAGAUGGAGCAGCUCUUGGCCGGAUACUUGUAUAUGCCUCAGUCGCAGGCCACGAUUUGGGCAGAAACGUGGGACAAGGCGAGAAGGGGCCGCGACCUCGGUCUAGUGAAAGCGACAAGCUGA